AUGCUUCUUAAAAUAAAAUAAGACAUUGAAUAAUUGUUCGAUAAAGUUCAAGUAUUCAAAAAGGAAUCUAGACCAAUUUAUCCAAAUCUUAAAGAUUAAAUAGAUGUAUUAUAUUGAGUUAGAGUAAAUUUAGGAAAAAAUUAAUCUCAUAAAACAACAAUUUAAUAACGUAGAUGAAAAGAUUAUAAAGAACUAUUGCUAUAAAAUUCUUGAGGUAAUCUCUAUAAAUAUUAAUAGCUUAAAUAAAUAAAUAAUACAAUGUAGGAUAUUAAAAUUGCUCUGGACAUUACAACGAUUGAAGGAUCAUGGAUGCUAAAAAAGAGUCAUAUGCUUAUUUAACAGGAAAGCAUUUUGUAUUUGAUUAUAUUUAUUGUAGGAGUGUAACUACUUUACAAAAGAAAAUAAUUCUGAAACUUAAUUAAAUUACAGAACUUAGUGAAAUAAAUGAUGUUAUGUAUAAUGGGAGUGAGUUUGAAGGUAUUUGCAUUUUUAGAUUACAUUAAAUUUAUCAUAAUGAAGUGGAAAAUCUAUAAUAAUAGUUUUAAUAAUUAAAAUCAUUUAAGAAUGAAAGAUUAAAUAGAUUGUAUUAAUCAUUCUGUGAUAUAAUAAAUGAUUCAAAUUUUAUUAAAAUACAAUAACAAAUUUAAUCUUAUUCUGAUAUCAUUAAUUUAAUAGAUGAAUAUCGUGAUCAACUUUGUGAGAUAAUUAAAUAAAAAAAUGAUUCAAGUCAAAUUAUUAAUAGUAAUUAAAAUAUAUCAUUAUAUUUAGGAACUAAAUCUUUAUAAAAUCUAACUUCUGUGUCUUAAGAUUACAUGGAUGAAGAUGAUGAUCAUUAUGAGACAAAAAGAGGGAAAUAUCAUAAUUAAUUAAAAUAAGAAGAAAUAAAGAGUAAAAGAAAAGAAAGUUCAUCAGAAACAUGUAUAAAUUGUUUAAUAUUUUGA